UUUUGGUUGUCACCUCUCGGGAUGACAGUGCUUUUCUAAAGUUUUGCGAAAUAUGGCGGGUGCUACGUUGUUUGAGCGAUCCCAAUCGGUGCGUUCCCAACACGAAAAUCUACUGAAAUUAAAACGUGACCAGGAAGACGACGAAAACGAUGAAAAACGUAUCCAGAACAAGGAGCAGGACAUCCUCAACCUCGGGGAGAAGUACAAGAAGGAGGGUAAGGCCAAAGAACUGGCCGACCUCAUAAAACAGACCCGUCCGUUUCUCAGCCAAAUAAGUAAAGCCAAGGCGGCUAAACUGGUGAGGUCUUUGGUGGACUUCUUUUUGGAUUUGGAGGCGGGUAUCGGGAUCGAGGUACAGCUCUGUAAAGAAUGCAUUGAAUGGGCCAAAGAGGAGAAAAGAACUUUCCUCAGGCAGUCACUGGAGGCAAGGUUAGUGGCCUUAUAUUUCGACACAGGUAUGUUCACCGAGGCCCUACAGUUGGGCAGCACACUCCUGAGGGAAUUGAAAAAGUUGGAUGACAAGAAUCUGCUGGUAGAAGUCCAAUUGUUAGAGAGUAAAACUUACCAUGCCCUAAGUAACUUACCCAAGGCGAGAGCUGCCCUAACAUCAGCCCGUACAACGGCCAACGCGAUUUAUUGUCCCCCAAAAAUCCAAGCCGCCCUCGAUUUACAGUCUGGCAUCCUGCAUGCUGCCGACGAGAAAGAUUUUAAAACGGCAUAUUCAUACUUUUAUGAGGCUUUCGAAGGGUUCGACAGUGUCGAAUCCCCAAAAGCUUUAACAGCCUUAAAAUACAUGCUCCUGUCGAAAAUUAUGCUUAAUACCCCCGAGGAUGUGCAGCAAAUUGUCAGUGGAAAAUUGGCUAUCAAGUAUGCGGGUCGGGAUAUCGAUGCAAUGAAGGCAGUGGCCCAAGCAUCUCAUAAAAGGUCUUUGGCCGAUUUUCAGCAAGCAGUCAAGAACUUUAAGAGGGAGUUGGAGGAUGAUGUGAUCGUUAGGGCACAUUUGGGCACUUUAUAUGAUAACAUGCUCGAGCAGAACCUGUGCAGGAUCAUCGAACCUUAUAGCAGGGUACAGGUGGAUUAUAUUGCCAAGAGUAUUAAGUUGCCCAUGCCCCAAGUGGAGAAGAAGCUGUCUCAGAUGAUUUUGGAUGCCAAGUUUCAUGGGAUUUUAGAUCAAGGAGAAGGUGUUUUGAUUGUCUUUGAGGAGACCCCGGUAGACAAAACGUACGAGAUGGCCCUAGAAACGAUCCAGAGCAUGAGCAAAGUAGUCGACACACUCUAUCAAAAAGCUAAAAAGUUGUCAUAGGUUUAGUUUAUUAAUAUACAAAAAUUUAAAAGAACAGACUGUAUUUUUCCUAACUUAAUAAUAUAUUUUUACUCUGACAUUUAUUAACUCAGUUUUGCCAUUUUUCUGUUCUCUGGUGUAUAUAAUUAACAUUGUUUUCAGGUAUAUUAACCAUUAUGUGUAACUGUUUUUUUUUUUUUUAUAUUCAUCAUAACAUUUGCCAAAUUGCAUUAGGUUUGACAAAUGGGGUGACGAUUUAACUGGGUCUAUAUAUUAGUAAUAAUUCUUUUUGUUUAAAUCUUAAUCACAUUAAUUAAUAAAAAAUAAAUAAAUAAUCAAA